CAUCCCCAUCACCAUCACCGCGGUGGUGCUGCGUCCAUGGCACCCAUGGGUGCUGGGCCCCGGCGCAGGUGGUCUUUGAACCUGGGGGUGCCGGCCGAGGCCUUGUUCUUCGUGGGCAACCAGCUCAUCGCCACCAGCCCCGGCGGCACCAUCGGCGUAUGGAACGCGGUCACCAAGCACUGGCAGGUCCAGGAUGUGGUACCCAUCACCAGCUAUGAUGCUGCCGGCACCUUCCUCCUGCUGGGCUGCAGCAAUGGCUCCAUCUAGUACGUUGGGGUUGAGCGCCGGCACCCAAGAGGGGUUUGGCAUCACCGGCACAGGCAUCACCGGCACCACGUCCCCAUCGAUGUGCAGAAAGUUCCCCCUGCGCAUGAAGGACAACGACCUCCUGGUGACCGAGCUCUACCGCGACCCCGGCGAGGACGCCGUCACCGCCCCUCAGUGUCUACCUCACCCCCAAGACCAGUAAGAGCCCCACCAGUUCGGACUGGGGUGAACUGGGAGCAGCGUGAGCCCCGCUUGGUUUGCAGGUGAGAGUUGGGAACUGGAUCGAAGAU